GUGACCAUGGUGAAAUGACUUUUGUUAAUAUGCAUGACACACUAGUUGUCCAGUCAUACAAUGUAAUAGGUGCUAGUACAUGUUUCACAUCUUGAACAAAAGAUAUUUCCGUGUACUCAGUAACUUGGUACACCCGAAAUCCAAUCUUCAUGAAAUAAUUCUAGUUUGUACGAAAACCUAUGGUUACCGUUAAAUAAAAUUUAAGUCUCAUGCGAAUUAGUUAUCGAACGAGCUAAGUUAAAUACUAUGUUUACCUGGAAGAAGGUAAACAAAAUGAAUAAUAUAAAGAUCACGAUGAGAGGAAAGUAAUGCAAAACUCGAAGGAAAUAUGUUGGAUAAUUUCUCGUUAAAACUGCAGAAAGAGUAAUAUCGACACCUGUCGCAAUAACACAAGUGUGCACGUGGCGUCUCAUAAAGAGUGCGGGACGUUUCGCUCCUUGGGACGUUUCGCCCCACAAGACUUUUCGCCCAUCGCCCCACAAGACUUUUCGCCCAAACACUUGGCGUCUAGGGUAGAAAACCAAGUUCAGGAUGGAAGAUCGUACCAUCACAAUUCAGGAAACUAUUACUGUGGAGACUUCUUUUGGGGAACAUGUCAUCGAACUGUGUUAUGGCGACAUUACAGCACUUCCGAUGGAGGAGAAAGUGGACAUCAUUAUGGUAUCAGCCUUUCUUGGUGACUACUCUAAUGUCCAGGGGACUUUGAUCGGAUCACUUAACCACAAUUUGGGUAUAUCUACUAGAGAACUUUCCAAAGACAAAGCUAUGGAUCUCCGUAUCCACUAUUCCUGCUGGUUCUCAAAGGACCUGUCGCCGGAUGUACCCUUCGGACGACUUCUUUGCUUUGAAAAAACAAGAGGCUCCAGUAAGCAAUCACUAACACGACAAAUUAGAGAUAUUUUCAAAGUGUUGGUUCCCAUCCUGAAAAACCAAAGCACAACAAUAAUCACCCCUCUACUGGCUACAGGAAACCAGCGUUCGGACAAGGGAACAGUACUACAAGCGACUGUACUGAGUGCAAUCAGCUGGAUCCAGGCAGGACUUCCGCUAAAAAAGCUAAAAAUAGUGCUAUAUGAACCCCAGAACAAGGAUCUAAACAAAUGUUUCUCUAGUUUAAAAGAGAAACAUAUCAAAACGCAAAGAAAGGAGAAGAAAUUUGAUCCAGCAUAUGACAUAUUUUUCGUCUAUCAAUCGACCGAUUCGGCGAUAGUGAAAGCCUUGACCAAGAAACUUCAGACCAGGAAAUCUGAUUUAAUCAUACACUCUACCGCCUCGAAGUUUGACGAUAAGACUGUAUGGCAACAAGGAAUCUUUGAUCUUAUGAUGGGCAGCAAAAGAAUUGUUCCAGUGCUAACCCCAAACUUUGUCGGAAAUGACGAUUGUCUAGAGACAUUCAACAUGGCGAUUUGUUGCACACGCCUACGCGGAAAUGACUUCCUUAUCCCUUUAUACCUAGAAAGUAUUCAGAUUAUUCCCGUUAGCAUUGUUUUGGUCCAAUACUUAGACUGCAGAGUAAGGAAAGAAGGUGAUACAGCGGAAAUGAAAAUGGAAGUUGCGUGCGCUCGAUUGUUGCAGACGGACACACAAAAGGAAGACGUUACUGAAAAACAAACCAAUAUGAGUCAUGACGUUUUCAUAUCUUACGCUCACAAAAACCCCAACGAAGCACAUCUAUUGUUAGAAGAGUUCGAAAAGCAGCAUCCAAAUCUAGAAGUCUUCUUUGACAGACAAGAUUUACAUGUCGGUGGAAUGUGGCAGAAGAGUCUGUAUUACUCCUUGGACUCCGUAAAAUGCGUCAUAGCCCUUGUUUCCCGUGCAUAUCUAUCGUCAGUGGUUUGUCAAGAAGAAUUCAAUAUCGCAAUGUACAGAUGUCAUCAAACUCCGAAAGAUUUUCUUCUAAUCCUCGUUUGCAUAGAGGACCUGCCAUCUCUCCCAGAUACUUACAGCCAGCAUCAACUGAUUGACUGUCGUGGAAAUAAAUACAGUAAAUUGGUUCCCCGCCUUGUUAAAGACGUAGCACAUUGGGUUUUUGAGAAGAAGAGACCGUCCUAUCUGCGAAGAACGUCUACAGUGGUUUCUCAAUUCUUUGCCUUCAGUGAAGUGUCUGAAGCUAGGAAAAAAGACGUGUGUGACACUUACACGAUCAGAUUAAACAGCAUGCAGAGAAAAGUUCCUUUUCCAAUAAAACCUCUGGACUCGUCUUUGUGUCACGUAGUAGUUAGUGCCAGUCAAAAUGACCUAAACUUAGCAACAUGUCUGCUCCACCAGCUACAGAAAAUCAGUCCAGACAUCAAGAUUGUUCUGAUGACCGACUACACAGGAAUCAACUUGAAGUGUCUUCAGACAGCUGAGAAGAUCGUGGUCUUCCUGUCUAAACAAUAUCUGGAUUCGGAUCAUCACCUGGAGGAACUCUUCGUCUCCAUUAUCCGCCAGCGGAACGAUAAAGAGAGACAGAUCUUGCACGUCUGUCAGACCACCGACCUGGGGGGAAACCCGGCAUUUGCACAUUUAUUACCGAUAAGCGUAUGUUUAGAAGAUAAAUUUUGGGACAGUCUCUUCGAAGAAUCAACUAAAACAAUAACAUUGGACUUAACUGAGUUAAAAGGAUCGUUCUCCUACAGAUCCGAGCAUUUUGCAGCAAUGACCAAACUUGCAGACGAUCUGUUGUUAGAAUUAACAGGUCACACUGAAGUUAAACCAUCACCAAUCAUCAAACCUGCGGGGAAGAAAAAUAUGGGUGUCGUUCGAGAAAUCACAAAGUGCCUUUUAAAUUUGGAGGAAAAAUCGGCAAAUGUGUCUGAGUUUUCUCCAGAAGAGAGUGUUGAAUACACGGAGAAAAGAAAUGACCUUCAGAAAUCUGAGCCCUUCAGCUUACAAAGCGACCAGUCAAACAAAGCAACUCACUCACAGUCCAACACAACUACCGACCAACAAUCUCCUGAUUAUGAUGGACCCGGCUCUAAAAGCAAAUCCCCGAGUUCACACUCCAACACAAAUACAAACCAACAACCUCCUAAAGGUGGUGAACCUCGCUCUGAAAACAAAUCGUCCUCGUGUAAUCUUCUCUAGAGAACAAUAGUACGCGAGUCCUAGGUAUAUGUCAAUACUCUGUUGUCUGUGAUAUACAUGUAAUCGUAUGCUAGACUACAUAUAAGUAGUCAUUAAAGGACACAUCUCGUGUUUUCAAAGUAUACAGAAUUAUAUGUAUUUUGUCUUCCUUAUGCUUAUAGAAAUUAAUUGUAAUAGUUCGUUUGCUGAAGUAUUGCGAUAAUUAGCCACAAUACGGACUUAAAUCUAAGCCCUGAUUUCAAAAAGCCUAGUUAAUUAGAUAGGUAGUCACGUGGUACAGUGACGUCAUAUGCGACCUUCGUCGAUCAACUUGUUGUAAAAGUAUUGUUAGAUAUGUUUAAAAACUCGGGUUUUAGGGGGCCUAAUUUAUUUAUCAUGGAUAACAUUUAUUUCGAUGUUGACAAAUUUCCUGAGUCUUAUAUCUUUUAGCCACCAGUGCAUACAAAUAACGACCCAAAUGUAGCGAGGAAAGCGGGUAUGAAAUCUGCAUUUUGCGAGUAAAUGAUGUUUACAUGGGAUCACUGUCUAAACACUAUUUGGUAAUAUCAUUUCUGUAAACAACUGUAAUUAGAGUUGUUGCUUUUCUAAAAUAAACAGUGCAAUUAUUAUUAAAUUUAUUUUUGGAGAAGUUAGAUAGGCCUAAAUUAUGAUACGAUUACGUAUCAUUGGCAACUAGCUAGUACUACUGUCACGGGUGCAUUUCGGAAAAAAAUAAUAAAAAUGAUCAAACUUAUUGUGAAAAUCACAAUACUUUUAAAUUAUUUAUUCAAGAAAUUUUAUUAAUCAUUAUUAUUUUUUAUCUACACGUUGUUACUUAGGAAGUGGGAGCGCGGCAUGCUGUUGUUGUAAACACGUACACGUGUUCCUUUAAAAAAUGAAAGCAUUAUAAUUCAAUUCAAAGUUGGGAAAUAUCAUAUUUUAUUAUUUAUAAUUGAAAGUUCAAUUAUCUUUUAUAUUUAAAUUUCUUUUUUUAAACUACCAGUUGGUAGACACGGCUAGCAAAGUUCUGCCUAUAUGUUGUUACAAGGUGAAGGUCAGUUGGUGCGAGUGUGGAUUGAAUUUGAGAGCAGAACGGAAAGCAUAUGCCGUAGGCCUAUAUGUAACAGUGCGUAGCUUCGAUAGAACCAUUUUCUCGCAGUUUAUCUACGUCUUUGUCCAAGUGCUUGUUUGAAAAAGUACAGGGACCAAUUCUACUGGGUUUUUUAAUGGCAAAAUCGUUGUGCCGACAAAAAAUAUUCACGUCUUGUCACUCAUACCUUCCUUCGAAAAUUGAAGAAAACACAGUCCAAAUCCUCUCUACUGACAGCAAGUACACCCUUAAACGGCACAAAACACCCUAAUGCAGUGUUAUUUACAAGCCGUUAAUGUGAUAAUUGUUUGUUUGUCAAUUAAAUCUAAUCUGUUUAUGAAAUGGCUAACAACUGUUUUCAAAUCGUCUCGCUCGAGGUCGCAUAUUACGUCACAGAUAAUGGCGCGUAAAAUAUCGAAGAAAAUAUGCAUAUCGCAAGAUUUGAAUUUCAUCGCUUUCAAACUCGAAAACUACGCAAACUGUUUCAUUCAAAACACACGUAAAGUAGUUUUAGGCAUGAAAUGAAUUAAUUUUGCUGAAAAAAAUAAAAAGUUUAA